AUUCAAGGCUUUGGGCACUUGGAGAGGACGCCGUUGGUUACUAAGCAGGUCAUUUAAACCAGAAUACGUUGAAAUACGUGCCAUAAACACGAGCUAUAUACAUGUUAGUCGCGUUACAGAGAAUUUGGUACUUGUCUUCAGCAAGAAAAAACAGCUAGCAAGUAUUCAUUGAUUGAUCCUCUGUUCCCCAAUUGAAGUCAACAUGUCUGUUGCCAAGGAGGAGGCUUUAUCCCCAGAUGAGCUGAGGAAGAGGCUUUACCAAACUUUUAAGAAUCGAGGAGUGCUUGACACACUUAAAACGCAGCUUCGUAAUCAAUUGAUCCAUGAAUUGAAGCACCCCAUCUUGAGUGGAGAAACUGUUCCUAGGCCAGUCCCUAUGAAGUCAGACUCUGUCCUGGUCACCGCUUCUAAUAGUCUGGUGGCAGAUCAUCUGAGGAACUCUGGGUAUGAGUACACCCUGUCUGUGUUCUACCCUGAAUGUAGCAUGGGCAAAGAUAAGAUUUUCACUUCAAGGGACCUUCUUCAACUUAUGAAAAUCAGCCCGCAGUCACUACUUUACAAAUCUCUGGCAUCAAGCACACAGAAAGAGAAUAAGGGUUUCCUGAUGAGUCUCUUGAUAGAAUUAACAGACCAUCAUCUGCAUGGAGAACAACGUGAUGCUGAUACUCAGACCACCACUACGCCAGCUUAUAGAGAAUCUCUUGUUGACAAGAUGAAAAUGAUCGAUGAUGAGUAUGAAGCUCUCCGCUACAAAGGGGACAAGUGGGUGUCCUAUGAAUCUAAGCUUGCUGCAUAUCGAAAAGAAGUUGAAGCACAGGUUCAAGCAGAAAUGAAUGCAAAGCUGCAACAUUAUAAAGAUGUGGAAAUAUCCAAAGUGAAGAUGGAGGAAAAAGACAAAUCUCGCAAAGAGAUUUUGCAGCUGAGGCAGGACAUGGAGAGGACUUAUGAGAUGAAGUCAGGGGCAUUGAUCAAUAGGGAGAAGAAUGCCAUUGAUCGUUUACAGAAACAACAAGAGAUUGAGGAAAAAGAUGUCUAUAUGCAAAGACAAGCUGUGUUGAAAGAAAUAGAAACYGUGCGGAAUAGAGAAGCUGAGCUGAGGUUAAGGAUGGAGGCUUUUGAAAAGACUUGCAAAAUACAGGAAGACAAGACCAAGACAAUGGAGGAGCUGCUGAGAAGAAGAGAGCUUGCAGUGAAGACAACGGAGGACACCYAUGACCAAAAGCUGAAGAAUGAGCUUUCAAGAUAUCAGCUUGAGUUGAAUGAAGAGUACACCAAAAGGACUGAAAAUCUCACAGAGAAUGAAAAAAGAAACAAAGUGGAGACUAUUCGUAUGCAGAAGGAGUCUGCUGCAAUCGAUGCCAAGCUAGAGGAACACAGCAGAGCUUGUGCUGAGUUGAGACGAUUGCAGAUGGAGCUGGACACGUCCCAGUCUCAGUACUCUCUGCUAACGCAGCAGAAUGAGCUGCUGAGAGAGAGGCUGGAGACCAUGAAUGACUACCCCACCCUGAGACGAGAGAGGGUGGAGCAGCAGGCCCAGCUCAGGCUGCUGAAGAAACAGCUGGAGGAAGCUCAGGAGGAGAACCAGCGCCUACGGGCAGAUCUGGGCAGGCCGUCGGUGGAACAGCUGGCGCUGCAGACGGAGCUGAGGAGGCUGGAGAGUGCCAGGAGGCUGUCAGAGGAGGAGUUUGACAGCCACAGACAGGUGCUGCAGGCCCAGCUCCACAAUGAGGUGGAGCGCUGUGCCCAGUUGAAGGCCCAGCUCAUAGAUUGUGAGGAGAGGACUGAGUGGAUGACCACCCAUGCAGAGGACAUCAAGAUGCAGCUCCGACAAACACAACUAGCUCUAGAGAACGAGGUCCUGCGUAACCCUAAGCCCUCCCUAGUGGACCGCUCAGUGCUGGAGCUCAGUCCUGAUAAACUAGUGCCCCCUGAUAUCUAUGUGGACAGAGGUGUCCUGAGAGCCUGGGUGGCGGGUUAUGAUGACGUGUGUGAAGCAGGUGUGAUGCCCUCUCGAGGGCGCAGGCCUCGUUGGGGGCGGAACAGCUCCCCAGACUCUGACACUGAGCUGGUGGCCGGGGCCAAGGCCAGGAUCAGAGAGCUGGAGAAGGAGGCGGAGACACUGGAGGAAGCUUACAGGAACUACCAGCAGAGGGCGGUGCACGCCACUGUGUCUCACAUGCUGCCCCCGCGAUGCCUCUCACCCCAACGAGCACCGGUAUCACCCCGCUCUCACUCAACUCAGAGGCAACAUAUCUCUCACCAACGCCCUCGCUCGCCCCAAAGACAACAAGUCCCCCCCCAUCCUUGCCCCCACUCACCCCAGCAUCCACAGGUCUCCCACAGACCUCUCUCCCCUCCACGACAAACCCCUCCCCAGCGUACCAGAGCCCCAACCUCUCCCCAACCCAGAGUGACCUUCGCUGAAGACCAGUCGCAGGAUCAGUACCCUGGUCCAGGGAGCGGAAGGGACUUCCAGUCUCUGGACUUCAGUGAGGCCCGGUUUUCAGGAGACAGACGCCCCCAGGAAGGCAGCUCCUCUCCCCCCAGACGCCUGUCUUCCACACCCCUCUCCCUCUCCAGGAGGCAGCUUCACACAGAGCCUGUGGAAGGUAGGAGCGUGCAAUCUGUUUUAGUGGGUUGUUUCACUUCAAAUGGAUUUAAUGUCCCAAGCGCUUUACUGCUAAGACUGGCUGAGGAGGUAUCGUCUGUGGCGUUUCCUGUGCUGUCUCCUGAGAGGCAGCUCUCCCCCCUCCCCCUACCCCACGGAGUGGUGGCAUGCUCAGGGGACUUUACCUCCGAUCUCUCCCCACCUCGCAGCCCUCAGCUCAGGAGCACUGCACGAGGCCAAUGCAGUCCACCACAGGUACAGCAAAUCAUCUUCUCCAGUUCCGAGUCAGAGUCUUCUCCUCAGCCUGAGAAGAUAACCAUUGAAGAUCUCACGGAGCCUUUGCCAGAGCCCAGCCACAUUCCAGAGCUGCUCCUGGACACGGCGGGCACUGAUGAGGAGGCCCUUGAUGGGCCCCUGUCUGUCCCCCCGUCUCGGGCCCCUUGGGACCUCACAGAGGCUCAGCUGCAGGGGGAAGUUCAACAAACGCUGGAUGAACAUGCCAGACAGGAGGAAGAAGAGGAGCUGAGGUGGGAGCGAGAGAGGAGAGAGAGAGAAGAAAAACGACAGCGGGAAAAGGAAGAAGCCCAGGAGAGGGAGCUGAGAGAACUGGAGAGAUUGGAGAAAGAAAGGCUUUUGGAAGAAGUGCAGCAGUAUGGAGAGGAGGUGGGGGGAGAUGAAGAGAAGGAGGAGAGAGGAGGGCAGGAAGAACUGAAGGAGGCAGAAGAGCCUGAGGAGGAGAAAGCCCCGUCCUUAAACAAAGAUCCACUCGAGAAGUACUUGAAGAUGAUCAUGGAGCAAAGACGGAGUCCGCAUGUACAGAGCCCUGCUGGGAGAGAGGAGCCAGAACACAGAAGCCCCGAGGCAAAGAGUUUGUCUGAUGAGAAAGAUGAUAGCGUUGCUUUCUCACAUGAAGAUGCAGAUGAGUUCUGGUGAGGUUGCACAGAGUGUGAGUGUGAAAGGUACAAUACUACUGUACGUUUUACUUUGUUGUUUUUAGAUGUUUAAGUUGUAUAAAUGUCARUCUUGGUUCAUUAACACGAAUAAACCUUUGAUUUAUAAAUCACA